AUGCGUAUCCUAGCGUACAGCCAAAUUCUCGAGUCGUAUCGCAGCCUCACGCUCGACAGUCUCUCACGCUCGUUUGGCAUGAGCGUCGAGUUCGUAGACAACGAACUAUCGCGCUUCAUCGCUUCCGGCCAUCUGCACUCCGCUAUCGACAAGGUUCAUGGGAUCGUGGAGACGACAUUUGCUGUUAGAGAUUGCGGUGCAGGCAGGCCGCGCGGAUUAAUUCGAUGUGAUUUGUCGCAGAAUACAGAGACAACCGAAGCAAUGAGUCGUGAGACAAUGAUCCCAUCCAUUGGGCAAUGUGUACUCGAGCGUGGUCGGUAA